AUGUUGACCCUCUCCAAGUUGAAGAAAUCGUUUGAAACCCCUUGCUUAUGCGGCUUCCGCAGAAUCCACAGCAAUUCCUCCGAUCAACUAGCUCUUCGUUUCUGCAUCUGGGUCGCUCUCAAAUUCGACACUCUUACCAGCAAGCCCUAUCACUUGGUUAGUCGUAUCCUUAUCCGUAAGAAAUGGCAUUCCUUUUACUGGGAAGCUCUUGAGCUUCUCAAGGAAAAAGGGGUUUUAGUUACUUCAGAUUCCGUUAGAGCUUUAGUUAGGUCUUAUUCAUACUCCGGUCAUACCGAAAAAGCUAUAGAGUCAUUCGGUAAAAUGCGCGAAUUUGGUGUUAUUCCUGAUGCUCAUAUGUAUAACACUGUUUUGAGAGAUGUGUUGAAGGAAAAGUUGUUUGUGCUUGCUUUUGCUUUGUAUAAUACCAUGCUUAAGUCCAAUGUUGAUCCUAAUGACUAUACUUAUAACAUGUUGAUUGAUGGGUUUUGUAAAAGUGGUAACAUUAAGGGUGCACGUGAGGUGCUUGAUGAAAUGCAGAAGGUUAGUAUUGUUCCUAGUGUUGUAUCGACUACUUCGAUUCUUUAUGGUUUGUGUCGGGCGAAUAAUGUAGAUGAGGCGCUUAUGUUGUUUAAUGUUAUGAAGGAAAAAGAGUGUCCGCCGGAUAUGAUUUCUUGUAAUGUUGUGUUGAAUGGGUUUUGUAAGAUGGGGAGGUUAGAGGAAGCGCUUUCUUUUGUAUGGUUGAUAAAAAGAGAUGGUUUCUCGCUCAAUCAAAAUAGCUAUAGUUCUCUUAUUAAUGCGUUUUUUAGGGCUAGGAGAUAUAGUGAAGCACAUGCGUUGUAUACGAGGAUGUUUAAGGAGGGCUUUGCACCUGAUGUUGUUUUGUAUGCCAUUAUGAUACGUGGUCUGUCGGAGGAGGGCAGGGUUGGUGAAGCUGCUAGGAUGUUAGAUGAGAUGACUCAGAUAGGUUUAACUCCUGAUGCUUAUUGCUACAAUGCUAUAAUUAAAGGUUUGUGUGACACGGGUCUUUUGGAUCGAGCGCAGUCUCUUUGUCUUGAGAUUUCUGAGCAAAAUGUUUACACGCAUACGAUUCUUAUAUGUGAAAUGUGUAAGCAGGGAAUGGUUGAGAAAGCACAAGAGUUAUUUAAUCAGAUGGAGUCGCUUGGAUGUGUUCCAUCGGUUGUGACCUUCAAUGCGCUUAUAAAUGGAUUAUGCAAUGCUCAUAAACUCGAGGAGGCAAGCCUUUUACUUUACAAGAUGGAGAUUGGGAGAAGACCUUCGUUAAUCUUAAGCCUUUUUCAGGGUUCUGGUCAGGUUUUUGAUAGUACUAGUCUCCAGAAAAAAGUGGAGCAAAUGUGUGAGGCCGGAAAAUUUUUGGAUGCUUACAAGUUUCUCACUCAACUUGCUGAUAGUGGGGUUGUGCCUGACAUUAUUACAUACAACACUCUAAUCAAUGCCUUUUGCAGGGCUUAUAAUAUUAAAGGUGCUUUCAUGCUUUUUGAGGAUCUGCAAAAGAAGGGUCUCUCACCCGAUACUGUUACUUAUGGGACACUUAUUAAUGGGCUAUAUAAAGUUGACCGAGAAAAGGAUGCCUUAAAGAUUUAUGACCGUAUGCAGAAGGCUGGCUGUGAACCCAGCCUUUCAUUAUAUAAAGGGCUUAUGACUUGGUUGUGUAGAAAGAGCAAGGUCUCGCUGGCGUUCAGUCUUUAUUUGGAAUAUUUGAAGAGCCUUCCUAGUCGGGACAAUGAUUCAAUCAGUGUGCUGGAGGAAUAUUUAGUUGGAGGAAAAUUGGACCAAGUGAUUCGAGGUUUACUUGAACUGGACUUCAGGGCCAAGGAUUUUAAAUUAGCUCCAUAUACAAUUCUACUUAUUGGAUUCUGUCAGGUAGGAAGAGUAUAUGAAGCAUUGAUUAUAUUCUCUGUUCUUGACAAGUUGAAUAUCAAAAUCAAUGCUACAAGUUGUGUACAUUUGAUCAAAGGUCUUUGUAAAGAAGGGAGGCUAGAUGACGCAGUAAAAAUAUUUCUUUACACUCUUGACAGAGGUUUCAUGUUGAGGCCAAUGAUUUGUAAUCAUCUCCUUGUGUUUCUUCUUGUUUCCCGAGAUUAUAAGGACUGGGCUAUUGAUCUUAUUGGGAGGAUGGAAUCUUUUGGAUACCGUUUAAAUUCAAAUGAGUAUAGCAGGACAGUGUAUCUUAUAGACCAAUACCAAAAAAGAAAUCAAAGAAAAAUUUAUCUAAGAAGAGAUUAA